AUGAUUCUUUCUUCAGCCCAUGUCGAGACGCGUAUUCCUGUCCUGCGACAGCUGGUCCGCGACAACGCACUGGGCGUCCUCACCACCGCUAUCCCCUCAGACAAGCACUCGCAUAUCCAAGCCAGCCACAUUCCCUUCGUUCUCGAUGUCGAAGACGAAGAGAGCGACACUGAGCUCGGAGUUCUGCGAGGCCACAUCACCAGGCAGAACCCUCAGAGCCAGGCGAUGAUCGCGGCCUUGGAAGGCAGCGGAUCCAACGUCUUAGAACAGGAGGUUCUCGUCCUGUUUACGGCAGCGCCUCAUCACUACGUCGCCCCAAAGUUCUACACUGAGACAAAGCCAACCACUGCUAAAGUCGUGCCUACGUGGAACUACGCUGCUGUCCAGGCCUAUGGCCGCGCCACGCUCUACUACGACAGCAAGUCUGAAGCCUCGUCCAAGUUUCUCCAAAAGCAGCUUGAGGACCUCUCUGAACACACAGAGAAAUCGAUUAUGAACUACACCGGAAAGGGGGAUCAACCUGGGCCGUGGAAGGUAUCGGAUGCGCCGGAACGCUACAUUGAGCUCAUGAAGAAGAACAUCAUCGGCAUCGAGAUCUCUAUCCAUCGUCUCGAGGGCAAGUUCAAAUUGAGUCAAGAGAUGCGAAAGGGAGACCGAGAGGGUGUCAUCAAGGGUUUCGCGAGUAUGGAAUCAGAAGCUGCUCAGGUUAUUUCCACUAUGGUGCAGGAACGCAGUGAUCUCAAGGAACCACAAAACAAGUAG